CUGAUCAUUCAUCUGGACGAACUCGAGAGCUCCCCCUACAGAACAGGAAAUCCAAGGCUUUAAAUAUAAUAGAUGUAAUAUAUAAAAAAAUUAAAACGAAAACGGAAACCAAGAGAAACGCCUAGCUCGCGGGUUGUUUUCAGGUCAGUCCUGUUUAUCGGUGCUGUGAAAGAGCUCCGGGAACCAGCUUUCCACGGCGGAAACAUGGUGUUAAAGUUGGUUUAGGAUCCGAACGGUGAUGAUAUAUGGCUGCGGGGGUUCCCACGAAGAGCUGACCGACUGAGUGAGGAGAAAAGCGGGCAGGUUAGCUCAGCAGCGUCGGCAGAAUUGAUGAGCUCUUCACACCAACAGUAGAUUAUUAUUUUAUUUUAUUUUUUUUGGGGGGGGGGUUUACUUGCUCUGGGAGUUCAGACAACCUCCAGAAUGAGUCCAGAAGGGAAGAAGCUUUUAAACAUCAUCAUCCUCGGCUUCGGCUUUAUGUUCAUGUUCACAGCCUUUCAGACAUGUGGCAAUAUAGAGCAAACAGUGAUCAAGAGCUUCAACAGCACCGAGUUCCACGGGAGCGGAUACACGAGCAUGGCCAUCAUCUACGGCGUUUUCUCUGCUUCCAACCUCAUCGCCCCAUCGGUGGUGGCGGUCAUCGGGCCCCAGCUCUCCAUGUUCUUCAGCGGGCUUUUGUACAGCCUGUACAUCGCCAUGUUCAUCUACCCGUACACCUGGAGCUUCUACACGGCGUCCGUGCUGGUUGGAAUAGCAGCAGCAGUGCUGUGGACAGCUCAGGGGAACGUCCUCACCAUCAACUCCACGGACAGCACCAUUGGAAGAAACAGUGGUAUAUUUUGGGCGCUGCUGCAGUUCAGCUUGUUCUUUGGAAACCUCUACAUCUACUGCGCCUGGCAUGGACACGUCCACAUCACAGACCAGGACCGACGGACGGUGUUCAUCUCUCUGACGGUGAUCAGCCUGGUCGGCUGCUUCCUCUUCUUCCUCCUCAGGAAGCCUGAUUCUGAAUCGUCUUCCUCUGCUGAGGCGACCGAGCCGCUGCUGCAGGAGGAAUCCUGCGACAACGCCGCAACAAGCUCGGGAUGCUCUCACCUCUGCUCUCAGGCGCUCGACGCUUUUGUCAAAGCAUGUAAGCUGUUCAUCACCAAAGAAAUGCUGCUGCUGGGCGUCUCCAUUGGAUACACAGGUUUGGAGCUGACCUUCUACAGCGGCGUGUACGGCACGUGCAUCGGCGCCAUGAUGAGCUUCGGCCAGGAUGCGAAGAGUUUGAUCGGGAUCUCUGGGAUCUGCAUCGGCGUGGGCGAGAUCUUAGGUGGGAGCGUGUUCGGGAUACUGAACAAACGCAUCGGCUUUGGGAGGAACCCCAUAGUCCUGCUCGGGUUCAUCACCCACAUCAUCGCCUUCUACCUGAUUUUCCUCAACAUCGCCAGUGACGCUCCACUGGCCCCGGAAGAAGGAACAGAUCUGGAGGCCUUCAUCACCCCCAGCGUGGGCGUGGCCUUGUUCUGCAGCUUCCUGCUCGGUCUGGGUGACAGCUGCUUCAACACGCAGCUCCUCAGCAUCAUCGGCUUCAUGUUCCACGACAACAGCGCCCCCGCCUUCGCUGUCUUCAAGUUCAUCCAGUCCAUCAUGGCCGCUCUGGCCUUCUACUACAGUAACUACCUGCUGCUGCACUGGCAGCUGCUCAUCCUGGUCCUGGUGGGAUUUCUGGGCACGAUAACCUUCUUUAAGGUGGAGCACAUGGCCAACUCCAUCAGGCGGCAGUCAGACUACGACAGCAUCUGAGCCGGGCCGGAUGACGAGGGCACGGCUGGGGGUGUUUCGCUCUGCAUGGGAAAAAAAAACCUUGCCCAGGGACGACUGGCGCACUGACUGAUGCUACCUGUGGUACAUUUAGAUUCUGAACCCGGGACCAAACGCUCCUCCUGAUCUCAGCAUUUACCCAAUUAAAUCAAACGGCAUGUGCGACGGCGGUGUGCACACCUCAUAUACCUUGUUUAGUUUCAUAACCAGACCCUCCUUCUUCCUCUUGUGCACUCGGUCUGAAAUUAAACUCUGUUCAAGGCAAAGAGAGUAAUAAUCCCACUGCUCAUGCCGGCGUCACGCUGUUAGUCCUCCUUCAGUGGACCAACUUUCAUCUUGACAACAAAUCCUGUGAAAAGCCCUCGGUCAUCUGUUAGAAACAUACAGGAGAGCUCCACGGAAACCACACCCACCUGAGGGGAAAAUGACCUCCAGAUCACUGAGCAGUUUUAAAUGAUUAAACAUAUUUGUUCUGGAUUUGGACUUCUUGAAAAAGGAUAAAGUUAGACUUCUGCACAAAUCCAGCUCUGGUUACAGCCAAAUACUGAAGGGUGGUCACUCAUGGGUUUCAUACGUCUCUGAUAAAUAUUUUCCUUCCUUCUAAUGUUGGAGUGAAGCGGUCACAGUCUGCGAUUCACGCCACGUGAGGCAGUUUUACUGUUCUCGGCUGUUCGGCUUUAAAUGAAGCCGUUUUUAUUUAAAAGGGAAACAAAAAAAAGUCACUUCUUUUAAACUUUUGGUGUCAGAUUCACGUUCACCCCUCGUCUUCUGUUCUUUUACAUGACUGGUUUUGCUGUAAUGAGAUUCAUGUCGUCGAAGUGCAUCUCUGCGGUCCAGGAAGCGGCUCUUAAUCAGGCGUGGCUGACGGCUCUUGGCUCAGACUGCAGAGCGGACGACGUUCUGUUCGUGGCUCUAAGGAGAGGAAGAAGUUGUUUGUUUUUCUUUCUCAUCUUUGCUGCUUUUCUCACCUCAUCAUGUUUAACAGGAAAAAGAGAAGAAAAUUAGAGGGUUUUUUUUUUUUUCCUGCACUGAUGGUGACGGACAGAGUUGAAGGUACGCAGACUUUGACCUGAAGCAGCGCCUCAGUGAUCGGAUAUCUCUAAUGUUUGGUGGCUCACACGGGUGGGUGUCUACAGUAAAAAGAGAGGGAAAAAAUGCAUUCCUACAAAUCCCAUAAUGCAACAUCCACUGAACUGUUUUUUUCCCUUCCUAUUAAAGGCGCCCUGUGCAGUUUUUGCCCACUAGGGGGUGCUAUUUCACUCAGUUUGAAUCACUUGGUAGAUGUGAGGAUGGCGGUGCCACAAAAACCAAUGAGAAACAGUCAUGGGAAGAUAUUCAGGGUUUUCCUGCACAAAUAUAACAAACUGUGCCCUCGUUCAUCUUUCUGCUCGUCGUCUGACUCCCCCCUGCCCGUCUUGAACUGAACUUAAUCGUUCCCUUGGUUCAGGUUUACUUAAAUGAUAAAUUCUUGUUUUAAAAUAGUUAAAGUGCCACAAAAUGAGCCGAAGCAGUUGUGACGUUCUGUUAGAUGGUGCAGUGAGUCGGUAUAGCCUUUAUUUAACCAGUUAAAUCAUCAUGAUAUAUUCUCACUUCUGAUGGUGGUCUGUAGCUCAACACGUGAAAAUGCCCCCACCUGGUGGCAGAAGGUAUCUUUAUUGAGGUCGAGCCUCACUGGGCUGCUGGCACGGCUGAAACUCUGUCUCGUUGUGUGAUCAGUGCAGAUUCACAGUUUCACUCUCUGGUUUAAACUGAUGUAACGCCAAACAGACACAGCAUGACAUUUGAGCCUUAAUGCUUUUUGUAAUGUUGCCAUGGUGACCAGGAGCAACAUCAGACAUGCUGUAGUUUGUUUUUUUUCUGUUCCAAGUGUCAAACGACAAAUGGCCGUACACUAUUGUAGUUAGUUUAUUGCUGGGAGUCGGGUUUGCUCAACUUUGGUUCAUGUUGCCACUGCAGUGAACGCAAUCAAAGGAUAAAUGAGGGAAAUGUACCAAGACGAUGAUUUUAUACUUGAAUGUAAUUAAAAAUGACACCCAAACCUCUGCCUGCAUGUUUUUCUUGUCAAUAAAAUACUGUUUUCUGCA